UUACUUUUAUAUUGUGUCUUCAAUAGCGUGUGUAUCUGCUGAUCCUCCGGCGGCAGAUUCGCUGUCGGUUUGCCAUCUUGUUAUGGUUCUCGCUGCGGAUCAGUCAGAGUGAAUAUGGAGUUUAUAUGAUGAUUAUGAUGAACAUAUGAUGUAUUUCUGCGCUUGUCUCUGUAGGUGUGUGUCGUGUAGAUCCUCAGCAGCGACCGGACUCUCUCCAUGAGCUUUGGGUCAGGUUCCAUGGGUCUGGUCUGGUCUGGUCUGGUUCUGGUUUAUAGCUAACAGCAAACACUUGAACUCUCCGCGUUAUUAUAUUUCAUAAGAGAAUUCAGAUGCACUGAUAUCAGGUCCAGCUCGUGAUGGCGGAAGACAUUCAGCAUAAUCAGAAAUCAAACUUUAACGGACUCACCAAACCCGCCAAAUCAGGAGCGUCCAGGAAACUCGUCAUCAAGAACUUCAAAGACAGGCCGAAGCUGACGGACUCGUACACUGAAGACACGUGGAUGAAGCUCAGAGAUGCGGUCAGCGCCAUUCAGAACAGCACCUCCAUCAAAUAUAACCUGGAGGAGCUUUACCAGGCCGUGGAGAAUCUGUGCUCCUAUAAAGUAUCACCUCUGUUAUACAAGCAGCUGCGGCAGGUGUGUGAGGAUCACGUCCAGGCCCAGAUCCUGCAGUUCAGAGAAGAGUCUCUGGACAAUCUGUCUUUCCUCAAGAGAAUGAACCGCUGCUGGCAGGACCACUGCAGACAAACGAUCAUGAUCCGCAGUAUUUUCCUGUUUCUGGACCGAACAUAUGUCCUCCAGAACUCUCUGCUGCCGUCCAUCUGGGACACGGGGCUGGAGUUGUUCCGGACUCACAUCAUCAGUGACGGAGCGGUUCAGAGCCGGACGGUGGAGGCUCUCCUGGAGCUGAUCGAGCGCGAGCGGAGCGGAGAGACGGUGGAGCGCAGUCUGCUGCGGAGCUUACUGGGCAUGCUCUCUGACCUGCAGGUGUAUAAGGACUCGUUCGAGCAGAGGUUUUUAUCAGAGACACAUCGUCUGUACGCCGCUGAGGGUCAGAGACUGAUGCAGGAGAGAGACGUUCCUGAGUACCUUCAUCAUGUAGCGCGGCGUCUGGAGGAAGAGAACGACCGAGUCAUCAGCUACUUGGAUCAGAGCACGCAAAAGCCGCUCAUCACUACAGUAGAGAAGCAGCUGCUGGGAGAACACAUGACCUCCAUCCUGCAGAAAGGCCUGCAGAUGCUGCUGGAUGAGAACCGUGUGUGUGAGCUGACUCUUCUCUACGAGCUCUUCAGUAAAGUCAAGGGAGGGCUGACUGUGCUGCUGCAGGCCUGGAGAGAAUACAUCAAGAGCUUCGGAGGAGAGAUCGUGAGUUCUCCGGAGAGAGAUAAAGAGAUGGUUCAGGAGCUGCUGGACUUCAAGGACAAGAUGGACCACGUGACGCAGCGCUGCUUCCAGAGGAACGACAGCUUCAUCAACGCCAUGAAAGAGGCCUUCGAGAGCUUCAUCAACAAGAGACCCAACAAACCCGCCGAGCUCAUCGCGAAGUACGUGGACUCUAAGCUACGGGCGGGAAAUAAAGAGGCCACCGAGGAGGAGCUGGAGAGGAUUCUGGACAAGAUCAUGAUCAUCUUCCGCUUCAUCCACGGGAAGGACGUGUUCGAGGCCUUCUAUAAGAAGGAUCUGGCCAAGCGUCUUCUGGUGGGGAAGAGUGCUUCGGUGGAUGCGGAGAAGUCCAUGCUGUCCAAACUCAAACACGAGUGUGGAGCAGCGUUCACCAGUAAACUCGAGGGGAUGUUCAAAGACAUGGAGCUCUCCAAAGACAUCAUGAUCCAGUUCAAACAGUACAUGCAGAACCAGAGUGAUCCCAGCAACAUCGAGCUGACCGUCAACAUCCUGACGAUGGGCUACUGGCCCUCAUACACACCAAUGGACGUCCAUCUGCCUGCUGAGAUGGUGAAGCUUCAGGAGGUGUUUAAGCUCUUCUAUCUGGGGAAACACAGUGGCCGUAAACUGCAGUGGCAGGCCACACUUGGUCACGCAGUGUUGAAGACUGAAUUUAAAGAGGGAAAGAAGGAGCUGCAGGUGUCUUUGUUUCAGACUCUCGUCCUGCUGAUGUUCAACGAGACUGAUGAGUGUUCAGUGGAGGACAUCCGCUCAGCCACAGGCAUUGAGGACGGCGAGCUCAAGCGUACACUGCAGUCUCUGGCCUGUGGAAAAGCCAGAGUGCUGAAUAAAUCUCCUCGAGGGAAGGAUGUAGAAGAUGGAGACCGCUUUCACUUCAACAGCGACUUCAGACACAAACUCUUCCGCAUCAAGAUCAACCAGAUCCAGAUGAAGGAGACGGUGGAGGAGCAGGUGAGCACCACAGAGCGUGUGUUCCAGGACCGUCAGUAUCAGAUCGACGCAGCGGUGGUCAGGAUCAUGAAGAUGAGGAAGACUCUGAGCCACAACCUGCUCGUGUCUGAACUCUACAACCAGCUCAAGUUCCCCGUCAAGCCGGCGGAUCUGAAGAAGCGCAUCGAGUCUCUGAUCGACCGGGAUUAUAUGGAACGAGACAAAGAAAACCCCAACCAGUACCACUAUGUGGCGUAAGAGCCGUGACCCUUGACCUCCACGCUCCGCACAAGGGCUCCUGGGCCGGAUGGGUCAUGUGACGCGACACCACAGACGCUCGGCACUCUGGGAUACUGGCUAUUUUAGCAUGAUUGCGAAUGAUUUUCACUAAAGAUGCACUUUUCUUUGACUCCUCUGUGUUGUGUUGGAGUUUAGAGUGUGUGUGAGACUGUGUGUGUGUGACUGUGUGUGACUGUGUGAGACUGUGUGUGUGUGUGUGUGUGUGUGUGUGUGUGUGUGUGUGUGUGUGUGUGUGUGUGUGUGAGUGUGUGAUCUGUCACUCAUCACCUGUAUUCUGUCACCUAUACAGUUUUGUAGAGCAGAGGAUUCUAUUCUUUGUAAGUGGGCAAAGAUAUGAAAGAAUAAAUCAUAUUUAAGAUA